CCCCAUCCCGCAGCAACCUGCAGGAGAGAGCGCGCUACUACAUUCCUGCCCUGCCUCCUCCUCAUCCUCAUCCUCCUCCUCACAGCGUUGGUCGCCAUCCAUCCCCUCUCCUCCUGUACCAUAACAGAUGGUGAGAACAACAUUGCAUCCGCCGGGUACCACAACAAUAGACCGCAGCAUCCAGUCCGGACAACGCUGGCCUUGCACCAUCAUGCUCCUAGUGCAGGACUGCGUGAGGCUGUGAGUGCCGUCGUGAUUCAUUUCACGCGGUACCAUCACCACCACGGCCACGGAGGAACCUUCUUGCGACUGUUUGGGCUCUCCAUCGAGCGGGGAAGAUGGCCGCUAUGAAAAUAUUAACAGGCACAGGGCUCUUCUUGGCUUUCUGUGCGCUCGGGCUGCUCGCCAUGGCCAUUUGCACCGAUUACUGGUACGAAACUGACGCGCGGAGACAUCGAGAGAGGUGUAAAAACUAUGCCAACAAGCGAAACGACCCGGGGUACAUCUACAUUUCCAACCACAACCUCCCCCUCCAGAUGCCUCCUAAGAGCCUGGAGAGGAAAGGUAACGGCCCAGACGCUGGAGCUCUCAUCCGGGGGAAGCGCCACUUUCUGGCCGCAGCGUCUGCCAUGGAGUUUCACUGCAGUCGGCAGUUUAACUCCACCAUCUCCGGGCUUUGGAGGAAGUGUCACCGGGAGGGAUUCGACCUGGAGACCGAGGACCUUAUUUACAAAGGAAUAAUUCAAAGAUGUACCGCAGUCAAGUAUCACUACUCUUCGUCCAUCCUACCACGAAAUGUACCCAUCAACAUCACAAAGACCAUACGACAGGAUGAGUGGCAUGCACUCCAUCUAAGAAGAAUGACGGCGGGCUUUGUGGGAAUGGCCGUGUCCAUCAUUCUCUUUGGCUGGAUCAUCGGAGUGCUGGGAUGCUGCCAGCAGCAUGACCUCAUGCAAUAUGUAGCUGGGCUACUCUUUCUCAUGGGAGGAACAUGCUGCAUCAUCUCCUUGUGCACAUGUGUGGCUGGAAUCAACUUUGAGUUAUCCCGCUACCCCCGCAACAUGUACGGCCUGCCUGAGGACAUUAGCCAUGGCUAUGGCUGGUCCAUGUUUUGUGCCUGGGGGGGUCUGGGUCUCACAUUGCUGGCUGGCUUCCUUUGCACCUUGGCCCCUUCCCUGAGCACGCCCACUCGCACAACACCCCACAAGCCGAGGCAGGAGAAUGGAACCGUGUGACAGAGGCGUCGUGCAGCGUCUGACCCACCGAACGCACAAAACCACACCCUUCCAACCUUGAUGUUAACUCUGAGACCCUUUUUGUCUGAUCACCAUCUCACACCACCCUCGACAUUGCCACCUCCUUUCAGUGUUCAGUGUGCCUGAGUUAUGACCGAAGGAGCAAACGAACAACAAACUUCACACACCUAAUCUUAAAAAUCCCAGAGGGACCUCCAGGAACACCAAGACUAACACCCACAGUAACGUAAGACUGGAGCAACGCUCUCUUAGCACACAUAAUACUUUUUUUUUGGUUCAGAUGAUUGACUUGCUGAAUUCAUGGCAAUCUAAAGGUGACUGUUUUCUCUGAAGAAUAUUUGUCUUAAAAUGGUGCUCUCUUUAAACAUAAAGCCACAAACACUCCCAUGCAACACACACACACACACACACACACACACACACACACACACACACACACACACACACACACACACACACCAACACCAGAACAUGCUUUUCCACACAUACUCAAUUACUCUGGAUGAAUCAUGGAAGAAAUCCUCCAUAUGGAAAAAAAGAAACACACAUCAGGCCUGAGCGUCUUGUCAGAAUUCCUCUUUCAGUCGAGUGAUGUGUUCUGUGUGAUUGUUCGUAAUGAAUUUUCUUUUUGCCGUUGACUGCCCAUUGCUUAUCUUUGGUGUAGCACACUAACUGAUAUCAAACAUGAGCCCCGGAGUUGACGUCUGCCACCUCUGCAGAGCACAGAAUGGAUCUAACAGCGUGUCAGUUACUUAAAAUACACUAAAGUAAAUCUUCACUGAAAAGAAAAUAAUUUGAUGCUUCUUUAAAGUGUCUAUAUGUACAAAAGCAUCUCUAUGUAGAUCCAGAUCAUUGUUUGUGUAAAGUAGAUUUUGAAUAAGAAAGGUUGUUUUCUGUUUGUUUCGAGGUGAUGGCAUACAGUGAGGAGAGGAUAAAGAGUCACAGGCUGGUGGUUUGAGGAUUAAUCCAUUAUUGGAUUCAGUAGUAUUUUGUGGUACCAAACUGACAGAUGCAACCCAUUUGUUUGCUGAUGGAGCAAAACAAGAAACCAAAGUGUAAAGGAAGUAUUUUAUUGCUCCAUUAUUUGCUUUCAAUUUUGGUCAGCCUUUAAAGGGUAAUACAAGCAAGUUAAGCCAUUUUAGAGGGGAAAAGGCAACUUCAUUGAUGUAGCUAAAAACAGAAGCACAAGCUGUGUUGCAAAUCUUCCUCUGCACUCAUAGUAACAUCACACAAUUGGUAGAGGGCCAAAGUGUCCUCAUAUAUUGGCCACAAUUUGGGUCACUACAAAAUUGAACAAGCUGAAUAUAUUGACCUUACUGCAAUGAGCACUAGAAAUGGAGGAGCUUUAUACAAAAAAAGACAUGGGCAUAAUGAAACAUGAAAUGCAAUCUAAAUUCCCAAUUUGAUUGAUGUGUGGAACACAUCUUGUAUCGUUUCUUCAGCAUUAAGUAUUUAAUGUGUACUCACUUACUAAAUUGUAAAGUGUAUAUUAUGUAUUAUGCAUACUACUUGUGAUUCAAAGGUUGGAUAAGAAAUACUUCCCAAACUAAUGUCGAAAAAGCGCAAAUAGUAAUUUAGAGAGGACUGCAGUUACGUAUGUAACUGAAAAGCUGUAUUCCAAAUACUUAAUUGGGGUGUGCUGUCACAGGGAAAGCAAGAAAAUUAAGUGUUUAUAAUGAUAUGACUCAAUUUCAAGUGUUGUGUUAAUGUACAACAUUUCGAAAACAACAAACUAACAAGUGGAAAGUGCCAUUUUCAUUAACAGGGCUGAGGUGUGGCGAACAAAUUGUGUGUGAUGAGUUCACAUCAGUAAAACACAACUAUUAAUGUAUACUAACUUACAAAAGUUUACACUUCAUAGUAUGGGGUAUGGAUGAGGCCACAGAGUAAAGAAUGUAAACUGUGUUAAAUGGAAAGGUAACAAUUCCCUCGGUGGCACUUGUUGAAGAUGAUAACUCACAGCAGACAGUUUUCUGUUAGGCAAAUAUUAUUUUUCCCCCCCAGUCAUUAGAAGUCAUUUAUUUUUCAGUUUUCAAACUCACUACAAGCUAACAAGAAUAUUACAGCCAUGUGUGAUGAUGUUUUUAUAAACUGCUGAAGAUGAGUCAUGAGAUAUUCUAUCAGCUAUUAACUUUCUUAGAAAAAAAAGGUGUUCAAAUGUGUGUUAAUAACACUGUGUGUGAUGUUCAGUCCUUUCACCAUCACCAUUAACCUCCUCACGAGGCUACCACUCUUCAGAAGUCGAGGAAAUUACCUGAGGCAUGAUUGAAAAAUGUAUCUACAGUGUCUUGUUGAAUCUUUGCACUUUGCUGGGUCUCAUAAAAGCCUGUACAACUAAAGUCUGAGCAGGUGGAGUUAUACAUUAUAUGUUUGCUAGGUCACAAACAGGAGCUAAAGAUGAUCAGAGCAUGUAAUAAGCACCCUGUUGUGUCUUUUACAAAGAGUUUGGGUUCAUACAAUGUUGUGUGUUUAGGGUCAGUUGGUCUAGGCUCUUAUUGUGAAAAUAUGUAUGCCAGAAACAAGGACAUACCAUAAAUAUAAUAAUAUUUAUAUUUGUGGACAUUACACUCGCAACUGAGUCAGUGUACUUUCUGGCAUCCUGCGACUCACAGAAUGCAAUGCUAUUUGGUGUUUUGGUUUUAUAAAGUUGUAAGUUCACACCCAAACUGAUGCGAAGUAAUAUAAGUAUUACUGUAAGCAGUAACAUGUAAUGUAUAAGUACAUGGUGCAAUUAUAAUGUGUUGUUAGGACUAAAGCACAAUUGCACACAACUCUUACUCUAACUUUUUGUGUAUUAUAGUUGGAAGUCUGACAUUUCCAGUACGGUGCCACCACUGCACAUGUGCAGGAAGAAUAUUACGAGAAAAAAAUUAAAGCAUAUGUUUACGCCCCCCAUAUCUAAAAUGGUACAAUUCAAGUAAACCAACAUCAUUUAAAUGUCUGUAUUUCAAGAAAAAAAAUUGCAAUUGAUUUGAGUUACAUUACAGAAUAACAGAAGCACACAGUAGCAAGAUUGACAUAACAUUACAAAAUGAUGUGCAUUAAAGAACAAAUGAGGUAAACACAGUGUAACAAUGUAUUUCAAAUUGUGAAAAAUGUAAAAUCCCUUUCAAGUGGCAAUUUCCGUCUGUUCUGUUUUACAUGAGGAACAUAGAAAUGUACUCUGUGCGAUGAGCGAUGCCCUGUGAAAACGCCUCCGUUCAGAGUGGCACUUGUUUCAGUAGCACAGCUAUUAUUUUCUACAAGUCAUUUAUACUGGUUCAAUCCACAGAUGUUAUGUGGGAACUAAAAAGACAUUACAGUCUUGCAUGAUCUCAUUACAGUUAGUUUCUUUCAAUAUAUUAAAACUUGUGUCCAUUUUUGAUUAAUUUAUUUUACUGAAAUAAAACAUGUAAUUACUAAA